CGCUAGGACUGCUGCAUAGUCACAUGCCAAGAGGCGACAAGGAAAGAGGAAACUUAUGAUACAAUUUAUCGAUUAUAGACUUUUUUUGUUACAUUCUAGCCUACAAGUUUGCUGUAGGUUGUAACUGUUUAAUCAUUGUUUUUUUUGUGUAAUAAUCGCGUGCUUGCAUUUUGGAUGGCAACAUUGUCGUAUGAUAUUACCACUGCAACAUAGCCUUGUUGUAGAUAGGCUUAGUCGUUCUAAACUCGAAAGUCGAGAAGGAAACAUCAUAAAUGUUAGUAGCCUAUUUUCUUUAGCAAUAUUAUGUUGUUUUGCCAAUGUUUUCCGCGUGAAACAUUACUCUGCGGGUUGAUCUUGCAACGUGCUAAACGAGCAGUUAAAAUCAUGUCAACUCAGGACGCCUCACAACACGAUUUUAACCAGAAGCGAUUGAUAACCAACAAUAGCGGAUCCUUACAGAUUCAUACAACUAAAGCAGACCGUGAAGACUCGGAUACCGGUGUCAAGACGAGCAACGACAUGCAAGAACCAAACAGAACAACUGAAAAACAGUUCACAGAGGACGAACUUGCCAUACAUAAAUUACACAGAGAAGCAUGUGAGGCUAAGAGGCAGAAGUACAUGGACCCAGGCAGCGGCUACAAGGUGUUCACAGAGUUUGCCCACCGCCAGAGAGGAAAGUGCUGCGGCAACGCCUGUAGACAUUGUCCAUUUGGCCAAGUCAAUGUGAAAGACCCAGCCAACAAGAAACAUUUUAACUCUAUGUAUUAUGUAUAAUACACCAAACACACUCUGGUUUAGUGUACAAGGCAUGAUAUAGUCUGUGUACUGUGUUGUUAUUUUGGACUGUUUCAAUGGUGUGUGGGUUUUUUUCCCAGCACCACGAUAAAUGAUGAAAUUUUGAGUGGUGUGUGUGCAAUCUUCUCCUGCUAUGAAUUCUCUGUGUGAUUUUAGUCUCUACAGUAGGACACUGGAAAGGGGGUAGGUCUCUGGAGUCUAAAUUUGGUUUUGGUUUUUGAAUUUUACCCUGUCAAUUAUUUUUUUUAAAUAAUUUUUCCCAAAGAUACAAUGAAAAAAAAUAUAUUUUUUUAACCUUGA